CAAAAGUUGAGCAAGUGUUCAAGUGAUUAGUUUUUAACUUCUUGAUCGAAAAAAUCUUUUUUUCAUCAUGAUUAUAAGCAGCAAAGUGUUCAUAAACGCAAUGACCCCCGAGGAGGAAAAGUCGUUCCUCAAGUCGUACUUUGAUGCCUGGAGACGGCAAGUUAAAAUCAAAGUCGAGAAAGCAGAAGCUGUCCAAAAAAAAUUAGAACAGAAACAGAAACUUGAAAAUUUAAUCAAAGCGUUGCGAAAGUACCAAAAGAAGAAACAAGAAGAGAAGCAUACCUCUGGGGCCAAAACCCAGCCACUUAAGCUUUUACACAAUUUCAAAAAUCGGUUUGUGGCCCAGAAAAACACAAUCGAGCGACUUACAUCGAAGCUUGAGGAAAAGGAGCAUUUGAUUGAGGAAUUGAAGCUCGGGAUUUUAGACAAGGAGGCCCUCAAGUCGCUCAAUGAAACUAAGGUCGAAAUUCGUGAGAUUUUCGCCAAGUGUUCUGCCAAAACCCGAUGCAAAGUGGCCCCCCCGGCGGACUACAGCGAAAAGUUCAUGAUUUCGACCCAAAAGGCCCCCAAACUCGUCCAAGAAUUGGAAGAAAAGGCCCUCGAGCGGGCCAAAAGACACGAAAUAGUCGUCGAAAGGAAACGCAUACUAGACGAAACACGCGCAAGACUCGUAGCUGAAGCUUUAGAAAAGAAGAAAACGCAAGACGAGGAAGAAAAAAAGAAGCAACUGGAAAUGAUUAAAGAACGUCGCAAGCAAGAGCUCGAGCGUGAGAAGAAACGGCAAGAAAACAAGGCGAUCUUCUUGGAAAAAAUGAAGAAAGCUGAAGAGUUACACAAGAGACAUUUACUCAAAAACGCAUUGAAGAAACUACUCGACGAAUACACCGCAAUGAAGAUGAAGCAAGAGACGAGCAAGCGUCACCUCAAAAACUGUAUUUUGAGGAAAUCGAUCGCGGCCUGGAAACGAUUCAUUGAAGACAAAUACCGGGACAAAAACGCCAAAGCCGACGGUUGUUUCGCCAAAAAAAUUCUAACUCGCGUGAUGGACAAGUGGCGCAAAUUACGCUUGGAACGAGUCCGAGCCAAUCAAGUCGCUGAGGAUUAUUACGAUUUUGUUUUAUUGGAGAAGAGUUUCACCCAAUGGCAUCGCCACGUCUGUGUUGAGUUUAUGAAGCAGGAGAAACAGAAGAAGCUCGCCGAAAUGCACUACAACAGGCGAAUUGUGAUUCACUAUUUCUACCAGUGGCGCUCAUUGCCGGCUGUUAUCCAGCUGGAGAAGUCCAAGGAGCAGAAGAUGAAGAAGUGGAGGGAGAAAGUCUGGGAGGUGUUGCCCGACUAUAAGCCCCCAAGUGACUAUUAGUGUUUUGCUCAACUAUUUUACUUUUUAUAGCUCCCACUCCUCUUCUUGAUUUAAUUUUCACAUUUUUAUAAUCUAAUUGGAUUUCUAUUGUCUAAAAUUAAAUCCGUUGCUUGUUUUUUAAAUAAUUUUCGAAGAAAAAAACAAGAACUUGAACACGCCGGAACGCAGACUAAACACUAUGAUUUUAUUGAAACUAAGUUUAGGAGGUUUUCCGUACUUAUAAACCUCCAAUUAUUAUCAAUAUUUUAUUCAGUUGUUAUUUCACGUCGUAUAGUCAGUAUCAAAGUCAUAAUCUUUAUCAUUAUCCGACUUUAGAGUAAAAUUUUCUAAACCACUAGCCAAUUGUUGUGCUACUUUUUCCCUCCUAUUUCGCAAUUUUCUCUCUUUCUUGAACUGAUUCUUCCUAAUUUGAUUCAACUUCUGAUUACCCUCUAACUCCAUCUCCGGGUCAACUUUUUUCGCUUCAGUCUUCCCACUUUUUUUCUUACUUUUCUUGCUUUCAACAUUGAUUUUAUCACUUAACUAAAACAAGUAUAUUAUGGGGUAAUAUUGGAAUAAAUGUUAUAUUUACCAAAUUUGAGUUUGAUUCAGUUUCCAUCUCUUC